UUCCUCUAUUGAGAUGUUGAUUGAUAGGAAAAGCACAAAGGAACAAAAAAAAAAAAAAACAUAAAAUGAGGUUGAAUUUGCUCUCUUUAUUUGCUGAAUUUAUUAAAGGUUCAACAUGGAGACACCAUUCCAAGUGCAAGAAGCUAAUCAAACAGCUUAAGGCACGUUUAGUCGUACAAAAGAAGAGAAGAAAUGCAAUUAUAAAACAAGUACGUGAAGACAUUGCUCAAUUAAUGCAGAUUGGGAACCACCAUCUUGCUUUUUCCAGGGUUGAACAACUUUAUAGAGAUGAGUGCAGGUUAUCUGUAUACAAUCAGCUUGAUGCUUUUUGUGACUGCAUCUCUAUGAACCUCUGUGAUAUUAGCAGGAACAGCAAGUUAUCUGAUGAUGUUAAGGAGGCAUUGUCCAGUAUGAUAUUUGCAGCAUCGAGAUGUGGUGAAUUACCAGAGCUACAUUCCCUCAGGGAUCUAUUUAAACAGCAUUUUGGUCAAGCAUUUGAUCGAAUCAAUGUUGAACUUCUUCCAGGUAAUUCGGUUAACUUGGAGACCAAGAAGCACCUCACACAUGUCACAAAGCUAAAAGAAGACACAAAGCUCCAAUUCAUGGAUGAAAUAAGAAUCCUAAUAGUUCUAUGGCCAACAACUCAUGGGUUGAAAGCUUAAAUUGUGAGAUUUAUACAUCAAAGAGAACCAAAUCAGAUCAACAAUGCAAUAAAGAUGUGAUUGAAGAUGAAGAACAAUGGUCUCCAGUAGCUCAAUCGCCUCAUGUCCAUCCGAAGCUACCUGACUACGAUAAUUUAGUUGCCAAAUUUAGAGAUUUAAAAGGAGAAUAUAUGUGUAGAAAUAGUAUAAAUCAUCGAUCCUUUUCUAAAUGGACGAGGUGGUAAUAUUUUUAAUUAUUCCAUGUAAAUUAUUGAAGUUUAGACAGCCUAACUACGGUAGAGAUUUUGGACAUAUGAAUAGUGAUGACUUCAUCUGGUCAAUCCCAAA